AUGGAAAUUUUUUGGAAGACGUAUAUGUCCAGGAAUAAUAUCAUCCAGUGCCUGAAGAAGAAGAAGAAGAAGAAGAAGACGCUCUCGACUAGGAAGCCGCGCCGUCCUUCGUCCGCCAAAGGAUUCCGCAGUGAAAGUGCAGUUCGCACGCUCGGACAGAUAAGGACAAGGAGGCCUAUCUGGACUCCAGUCGCGCACUGGCCGCACGAAUUCCUUUCUAAAGCGACGCUGGAUAUCUGGGGCAGUCCGGUGGUCAACUGGUCUCGGCUGUCUAGGAGAUGCCGUCCCGGCGUCAUCGCGGGCGACUCGAGUCGCUCCAGAAUCCCAAACGACCUCGCCCCCACUCCAGCGGCGUUUGUUCCAGUGCAAGUUCUGGGAUGGGCGCUGCUGGCGGCAGCUGUGGUUUACGCCGAGGAGGCUCCGGUCGCCAAGAAGGUUGACAAGCGGGGCAUCUUCACCAUCGGCAGCGGCCUCGGCCUAGGAGGCGGCUACGGUGGCGGCUACGGCUACGGCGGCGGCUAUGGCGGCGGCUAUGGCGGCGGAUAUGGGGGCGGAUAUGGGGGCGGAUAUGGAGGUGGAUACGGAGGUGGAUACGGAGGCGGCUACGGAUAUGGUCUGGGUGGUGGUCUCUCCUCUGGUGCGAUAGGAGGCGCAGUAAUCAGUGGUGGCGGCUUGGGAGGCUCUUAUGGUGGCGGCCUGGGAUUAGCCGCAGGUGGUAUCGGAGGCGGCAUCGGAGGUGGAGCUGGUGGUCUGGCAUUGGCUUCUGGAGGAGGACUGGGUCUCGCUGCUGGAGGCCUCGCAGGCGGUGCCGCCCUGGGUGGUGGAGCUGGCGCAGUGGGCGGAGUGUCUCAGACUGUCCUGAGAACAGUCACUGUCCCAGUACCUGUGCCACAGCCGGUCCCCGUACCGGUGUCCCGCCCCGUUCCCGUGUCCGUACCCGUACCCCAGCCGUACCCUGUCAGAGUCCCGGAACCGGUGCCUGUCAGAGUGCCUCAGCCGUACGCUGUCAGGGUACCACACCCCGUGCCCGUAGCAGUCGACCGCCCCGUUCCCGUCCCCGUACCCCAGCCCGUGCCUGUAUCCCGACCGGUCCCCGUACCUGUACCGGUACCCCAGCCGUACCCCGUCAGGGUGCCCCACCCCGUGCCAGUCUCCGUCCCCCAGCCGUACCCCGUCCCCCAGCCCGUACCAGUGCCAGUGUCCACUGGCGUUAGCGCUGCUGUCGUGCCCAUCGCUACCACCGGCAUCAUCGCCGGAGGUGGAGGACUCGGAGGCGGAAUCGGAGGAGGAUUUGGAGGCGGACUGGGAGGCGGCAUCGGAGGCGGCUUGGGAGGCGGCCUGGGAGGCGGCCUGGGAGGCGGCUUGGGAGGAGGCUUGGGAGGCGGCCUAGGAGGCGGCGCUAUCAUCUCUGGAGGUGGAAUCGGGGGCGGUCUUGGAUAUGGCUACGGAAGAGGUGGGCUCGCGUACGGAGGUGGUAGCCUCAUCGGUGGCGGAAUUGGUGGAUCCUACGGAGGCGGUACCAUCGUGAAGGUACUCCCGGCAGCCACCAGUUUCUCCUCGGGAGGCAGCUACGGCUCGCUCUACAAGACCUACCUCAAGCACUGA